AUGUCAUCACCAAAUAAUGGUACUGCUAGUGUUGAAACACUAUCUGAAGUAUUUCGAUGUUUUAUUUGUAUGGAAAAAUUACGUGAUGCUCGUCUUUGUCCACAUUGUUCGAAAUUAUGUUGUUAUCCAUGUAUUCGACGCUGGUUAACUGAUCAACAUCAUCAAUGUCCACAUUGUCGUGCAACACUUCAUUUACAUGAACUUGUUAAAUGUCGAUGGAUUGAAGAUGUUACAAGUCAACUUGAUACUUUAAAAAUUAAUGAAACUAAUAAACAAAAAGGUGAAGAAAAAGACAAAUGUGAAUUACAUAAAGAAAAAUUAACUGUAUAUUGUCAAUCAUGUUCGAAAUGUAUUUGUCAUCAAUGUGCUUUAUUUAAUGGUUCACAUGUUGGCCAUAGUUUCCUUCCAUUUGAUGAUAUUUAUAAAACAAAUUUGUCUAUUGUUAAUGAACAUCUUGGAAAAUUGAAACGACGACAUGUUGAUUUAAUUUGUUUAGCACAAGAUGUUGAACGAAAUGUGGAAAAUGUAAAAAUAGCAAGAGAUGAAAGAUUUAAAGAAAUUAUAAAUAUUAUGCAAACAAUACAAUCAAAACUUGAUGAACAAUUUAAGAUUAAAAUGGAUGCUUUAGAUGCUCAACGUGCACAAUUAUCAAGUGAAACAGAAUUAAUUGAACAUAGUCUUCAUGAUAUUGAACAUCGUAUAUCAACGAAUGGUAAAGUUGAAGUUAUUAGUAAACAACAAGAUCUUCUUAAUACCAUCCAGACAAUUUGUCAAAAACCAAUGAUAAAUUUUCGUACAUCACCUAUAUCAUGUGAUUUUCCAAGUGAAAUCAUUCCUCCAUACGAUUCCAAUAUAUUUAAAAUAACGAAUUAUUCUCUUCGUCGACAAAAUGUCGAUCCAAUUUAUAGUCAACCAUUACAUAUCAAUGGUUUAACAUGGCGUUUAAAAGUUUAUCCAGAUGGGAAUGGUACUGUACGUGGUACACAUUUAUCUGUAUUUCUUGAAUUAACAAAUGGUUUAAGUGAAACAUCAAAAUAUGAAUAUCGUAUUGAAAUGAUUCAUUACUCAAGUAAAGAUCCAACAAAAAAUUGUACUAGAGAAUUUGCAUCAGAUUUUGAAGUUGGAGAAUGUUGGGGUUAUAAUAAAUUUUAUUCACUUGAUGCAUUAAUAACGGAUGGUUUUAUUGAUCCGAUUAAUGAUACUUUAAUUAUACGUUUUCAAGUACGUCCACCAACAUAUCAACAAAAAUCUCGUGAUCAACAAUGGUAUAUAAAACAUUUAGAAAAUGAAAAUCUACAAUUAAAUAAUGAAAUAAAGACUUUACAUGGAAAAGUUCUUUCUCUUAUUUCAAAGAAACGAUCUAAUGAUAAUAUACUUUCAACAACAAGAAGUCUUGAUGAAAAUGAAGGAGAACAUUUAACAGAAACAGUAGUUGAUAUAAGCGAAGUAAACGAAGAUGAUGAUGAUGAUGACGAUGACGAUGAGGAUGAUGAAAAUGAUGAUGAUUAUAUGUAUCUUAAAUCAGAUCAAAUGGAUUCCGAUGAAGAUGUUUUAGCAGAAAAUGAUGUUGGAGAAGAACCAACUUCCCCGUACAAUGAUGUAUUAACACCAGCCCAACAAAGUCUUCAUCAACAUUUAUCAUCUCAAUCAAAUGAACAACCAACUGCUAGAUCUACAGUUCCACAAGUAGCAGCUGCAGCAGCUAAACCUAAUUCAUUAAUAACAGAUCCUUUAACGAUAAAUAUAAUACCUGAUGAGAAUGAUGCUGAAGUACAAAAUGCAUUUAAUGCAUCAAAAUAUAAUUCAACAAUAUUUAGUGAUGCAUUACCAUUUGUUAUCGAUGAAAAUGUUAUGCUUGCUAAUAUAUUAAAACGUAAUACAAAUAGUGAACAAAAUAUAGUUUUACAUCCAAAUGAUAAUCCAUCGAAUAGUUCAAUAUUAUUCCGUCCAAUUAUACAAACGAAUACCAAUGAAUCAAUUACUGAUUCGAGUGAAUUUCUUUCAUAUCAUCCUCCUCCAUCAAUACAAAAUCAACCAUCAUUAAAUAAUUUAAUGAUAUUCAACUGUCCAACAUAUCCUUCAAGACCAUCGACAGAUCAUAAUUCUCAACAACGUCGACAUAAAAAUCAAACAGCUCAACCUAUCACUACUAAUGAUCAACAAAAAUCUGAACAGAAUAAUAUCCAAAAGAAAUAG